CUUCAGUCAUCUCUGAAACACACCCACACAGGUAAAAGGUAAAGAGACACGUGACUUACAGGUUACUUUGGUCUGUAUGCGUGUUGGGGGGGUCCUGACAGUGCUUACCUACCACCCACUCAGUGAGCAGUGCAGGGAUGGCCCACAUAAAAGUAACGGGGGAGGCUGAGAGGAGUCACCAGGACGUCUACUCAGAUACGGCGACAGUUACGUCCACUGCAGAUAUCGGAGAGUCGCCGGACAAGGGGUCAGCGGGCGUGACCUCCACGGGGGCAGGUGUCAGCCGACGGAGCAGAGCCUUCCAGUCUCCGGCGAGGCGACGCCUCCGCACCACUUUCAGCCAUAAGCAGCUGGAAGAGCUGGAGAUGGCCUUUGGACAGAACCAGUAUCCUGACGUCUACUUCAGGGAGGAGCUGGCCCGAAUCACCAAGCUCAACGAGGCUCGUGUUCAGGUUUGGUUUCAGAACAGAAGAGCCAAGCAGCGUAAGCGUGAGCGCGCAUCCCAAAAAGGUCUCCCUGCGGGUGUCAUGUCAGGGCACAGGGCACUGCUGGGCAGCAUCCAUGUCCCGCCAUCCGUGGCACGCCGCUAUUACGCCCAGCCACUGGCCGCGGUUCUGCCUCCUGCCAUGUUCCCCCACCACCCACCGCCGGGCACCGUCGGCCAGUAUCCCUGCCCCUCCGUGACACCGCAGGCGACCCCUCAACACCAUCAUGAGGAAUGGUACGGCCCGCUGAGGAGCAAUCUGACUUCAACCGUGUUAUCCCUGACCUCCAUGCAGACCCUGGACACCCCCUCUCACUGGAGCUAAGCGUCCACCAGGAAGUAGAUUGGGUUGUAGUGAGGUAUUAGGCAUAUUCCUACUUAUGGAGCAUAUUUUAUGACAGUGUAUCGAUACCAUUAUUAUACAAAGAUAGUACAGUACCUGGAGAAAUAGUCACAGUACAGUAUGAUGGAACUAAAACAAUAAUAAACAUACUAUCAAAUUCAAGUGACGAAAGUUGAUGUCACAUGCUAACAAGCCAAGAUGCUAAUGCUUAUUUAGCAUGGGUGUCACAAGAUGAUUCACGAGAUUGGGUGAACGAGAACGAAAUGAGAAAAGAUGUUAACGUUAAUUUUAAGAAAAGUACAAUGAAAAGUACUCAGUCGCAAA